AUGGAGCUACACGCUGGACACUGGCUGCUGCUGCUCGGACUGUGCCUUGACCGAGCGCUGACCUGGCCGCCGCUGGAGCUGGAGCUGGAGCGCGAGCAGGCGCCAGUUGUUGACAAGUUAUCAAACGUGCUGCAGGCGAUAUUGAAUGCGAGCUGCUCGGCGCACAAUCUGAGCAUCUCGGUGAGCAGCGUCUAUCGGGAGCAACUGCCGCCGACGCAGCGGCAUCUGGUGGAGCGCGUGCUGGAACGUAGCCGGCGGCAGGCGCAAUUACUGCUGCUCUUCUUUGUGCUGGACGCGCAGCAGCUGAUCGCCGCCGCGGAACGCAAUCCGCGCGUGAGCGUGACCCACAAGUACAAGUAUCUAAUCGUGCUGCUGGCCAUGCGAAAGGCGAAAGCCUGGCAGCGAACGCAGAUGCGCCAGAUCUUUGGCUAUCUGCUGCGGCAGCGCUACAAUGUGGAUGUGCUGCUGCUCCGUGUGAAGCUGGCGCCGGGCGGCAGCACCGUGGCCAGCUAUAGCUAUGCGCCGUAUGCCUCGGCACGGCGCUGCGACUCGACGGAGCCGCUGGCCUGGCCGCUGGGCCAGGCGCGGCUGGAGCAGCUGUAUCCAAGCAACAAGCUGGCCAAUCUGCACGGCUGUCCGCUGCGCGUCAUUGUCUGGCAGAUCCUGCCGUAUAUGGAGCUGCAUGGCAAUGGGCGCAUUUCCGGCUUGGACGCGGACAUACUGCAGCUGCUGGCGGCGCGGCUCAACUUCAGCCUGGCGCUGCUGGCGAACGAGCCGCCGCAGCUGAUAGGCGGCGCCAGCUAUAUGAAUGGCAGCAUGACCGGCGCCUUUCGCAUGCUGCUGGAGCAGCGCGCCAAUCUGACGCUGGGCUUUACCGCCUGCCUGGCCGCUCGCUAUAAGUAUCUGGCCAGCACGCUGCCCUAUGGCCAGGUGGAGUAUGUCUUGGUGCUGCGCCGGGCGCGUCCGUUUAGCCUGUACGAGAUUAUGCUGUUGCCCUUUGAACGCUCCGUUUGGCUGUUGCUGUUCGUGCUGGCUGCAGUGCGUCCGUGGUGCCGGCUGCCGGCGCAGCUGCAGCUGGCCUGGGUGCUCUUCCUCUUUCUGCUGCGCAUCAGCUACGAGAGCUGCGUUUUUGUGCUCGUGCACAAUGCGCCGCGCCGCUCGCUACCGCACAGCCUGGAGCAGGCCCUGCAGCUGGACUAUAGCUUCAUUGUCGACCAUGCCACGUAUCGGAUGACAGAGCUGCUGCCGGCUCUGAAGGCGCGCUCGCGCAUCCUGCCCGGCCAGCCGGUGGACAUGUUCGAGCAGCUGCUGGCCCAGCCGCCGGACAAGCGGGUCGCCGCCAUCAGCACGCCGCAUUUUCUGGCCCACUAUCUGAGCGGGCGGCGCGAGCAGCAGCCGCUGUUCGUUCUCGCCAGCCGCAAGAUCUUGGACAACAUGGCCUGUGUGCACUUUCCGCUCGGCUCCUAUCUGACCGCCACCGUCGACCGGGUGCUCUUCAAUAUGCGCAGCUCCGGCAUCAAUCAGCACAUCGCCAAUCGCCUCACCACCAUUGUCGCCCGGCUGCACCACAGGCGGGGCACCGCCUCCUCCUCCUCCUCCUCCAUAUCCACGGAUCAUGCGGCACGGUAUAAGGAGUCCAUGCGUUUCAUCUAUGCCGCUCUUAAUUGUCUGCUCAUCGCCGAAUCCCUCACGCUUGCCAUAUUCGGCUUGGAGCUGCUCAGCCUGCGCCUGCCCUGGCUCGCCAGGCUUUUCCGGCGUCUCUAG